CGAGCAUCCGCCUAAGGCCUCCUGCCUCGCAGCUGGCAUCCCUCCAUCUCCCUCCUCCCACACAACUAACAUCCCACCAUGGCCGACGCCAAGCUGUUCACCCGCACCAAGAUCCAGGACUUGCGCGAUGAGCUCCGCAACUCCGGCGACAAGAAGGACAAAGGCUACGCGCGCAAGAAGACGGCGUUGAAGAAGAUUGUCGCCAACAUGACGAUGGGCAAUGACAUGUCGCAGCUCUUCCCCGACAUGGUCCAGUGCAUGCAGAUCCAAGUCCUCGAGAUCAAGAAGAUGGUAUACCUCUACCUCGUCAACUAUGGCCGGUCACGGCCUGAAGAGGUCGCGCACGCCAUCGGCGGCUUCCUCUCGGACUGCGCAGACCGUAACCCGCUCAUCCGUGCGCUCGCCAUCCGUACCAUGUCGUCCAUCCCGCUCCCGAGCAUCAUCCAGGCGCUCGUCGACCCCCUACGCCACGGCCUCGAGGACCAGGACCCGUAUGUGCGCAAAACGGCCGCGAUUGCCGUCGCAAAGCUCUACUCUUCCGACUAUGGCAAGAAGAUGAUUGAGCGCGAGAACUUUGUCGCCAUGCUCCGCGACCUUCUGGCCGACCACAACCCCACCGUUGUGGCCAACGCCGUCGCGGCCCUGAUGGAGAUCUCGGACAGAAGCAGCGACAUUACGCUUAGAUUAAACGCCACGGUUGCCGGCAAGCUCGUCGCCGCGCUCGGCGAGUGCUCAGAGUGGGGACAGGUGUACAUCCUCGACUCGCUCCUCUCGUUCAUCCCCCAGACGUCGCUCGACGCCGAGACGCUCGCGGAGAGGAUAUCCGUCCGCCUGCAGCAUGCCAACUCGGCCGUCGUGCUCACCACCGUCAAGGUGAUCCUCUACCUCAUGAACUAUAUGGAGGACGAGGACCUCAUCCGCAUGCUCGAGCGCAAAAUGGGCCCUCCCCUCGUUACCCUGCUGUCUACUGGACCCGAGGUGCAAUACGUCGCCCUGCGUAACAUUCUUCUUAUUAUCCAGCGCCGCCCGGCCAUCCUCGCCAACGAAGUCAAGGUCUUCUUCUGCAAGUACAACGACCCGAUCUAUGUCAAGCUCGCCAAACUCGAGAUCAUGUACCGCCUUACGCGCGAGGAGAAUGUCGGCGAAGUACUUGCCGAGCUCAAGGAGUAUGCGUCCGAGGUCGAUGUCGACUUUGUGCGCAAGGCGGUCCGUUCGAUCGGCCGCUUGGCCAUCAAGAUCUCCGGCGCCUCCGACCAAUGUGUGCUUGUUCUGCUCGACCUUCUCAAGACCAAGAUCACGUACGUCGUCCAGGAGGCGAUUGUCGUCAUCAAGGACAUCUUCAGGCGAUACCCCAACAAGUACGAGAGCAUUAUCGGCACGCUGUGCGAGAACCUCGACGUGCUCGACGAGCCCGAGGCCAAGGCCGCCAUGAUCUGGAUCGUGGGCCAGUACGCCGACCGCAUCGAGAACAGUGACGAGCUGCUCGAGGACUUUUCAUACGCAUUCAAGGAGGAGCCGGCCGAGGUGCAGCUCGCACUACUGACAGCUGUCGUCAAGCUGUUCAUCAAGCGGCCGACGGCCGCGCAGACGCUCCUGCCAGAGGUGCUCAAGCUUGCGACCGAGGAGGCCGAGAACCCCGACCUGAGGGAUCGUGGAUUCAUGUACUGGCGACUUUUGACCACCAACCCGACUGCUGCCCGCGAGAUUGUCCUCGGCGAGAAGCCCGUCAUCUCGACGGAAACCGACCGCAUGGUCAAGGGUAUGCUCGACCAGCUCCUCCUGCACACUGGAACCCUCGGCUCCAUCUACCACAAGAACCCCGAGACGUUUAUCCGUACCGCCAAGCCACGGUACCUGCCCGACUCGCCAGCGCUCAACGCGUCGUCGAGGCGGCACCUCGUCAUGCCAAGAGGCGCGCCGGCGUCGAGCUUCAACCCCAAGUCGGUGCCAGUACCUGCGCGGCCAACAAUGGAGGCUGGCAAUGGGACUGGCAACGGCGGCAGUGGCGGUGAGCGGGCCGAUACGCCACAGGGCGACUUGUCGGACGACCCGUACUCGCAGCUGGCGGAUCUCGACCUUCUUGGCGGAGGAGGCAACUACCAGGCCGAUAUGCCGCGGCCGCGUGGGGGCACUGAGGACUUGUUGAUUUAGUAUACGUAGAGGCGGCGCGAAGCGCCGUUGUUUAUGAUGGCACGGCGUGGUCGUGUGUGGUCGAUGCACGUCGAUGAUGCAUGCGAUGAGGCAUUGGA